AUGAUCCUACCAACAGAACGAGAGCUUAACUACAGCAGAUAUUUAGCACUGUUUAAAGGAGAAACUGAAAGUUAUCGACAUGUACGCGUAGUAUUUUCUGGCAGGGAUGCUGCCGGAAAAACUACCGUAUGCCGCCGUCUCCAGAAAAAAAAAGUAAAUCUGAAGUUGCGCAGACCAACCAUUGGUGCUGAUUUACAUCCGGUAUGGUUCUCCAUUGACUGGAAAUUGAAAACCUGGCAGUGUAACAAUCGAUCUCCUAGUACAGUGAUAGACGCACGAAUGGGAGCGAUGAUGACCAAAACAGCAACAUUAGCUAAUAUACAGACAGACACAGAAACAGAGAUGUCGCCUCAUAGUUCGACACACGGAAAACGAAAACGAAGUGAUGAUGAGGCAGGAACACUCGAUAUGGCUUCUCAAGACAUCAAAACAAAACAGGUAUCGCACCAAAGAGAAAUAGAAAUUGCAGAUGAGGCACAAAUAGUCCACGUGGCUUCAUCUGAUACCCCGUCUGAUGUGGUGUUCCUUUCUUUAUGGGAUAUGGGUGGCCAUGCGCCGUUUCAAGCUUCACACAACAUCUUCAUUUCAUCACACGGAGUAUACCUUUUAGUCUUCAGACUAACAGAUUUCAUUAGAGACAAGCUGGAAACUGAUCGGCUUAAAAACUGGGUUCGACUGAUUGGUACAUAUUCCUCAGUUACGUUGAAUCCUGAAAAGCUCAGCAUACAUUCGCCGCCAAUAAUAUUUGUUGGCACAUUUUUGGAUGAAUUGAAGAAAAACAACAGGAACUACGGAAAACAAGUACAAGACAUAAGGUUCAGCGUCUCAAGAUUUCCCGAACUGUCAGCGUUCAACUUCGUCAAAUUCUGCACUGUCGAUAAUAGCCUUGGCGAUGAUCAUGAAGAGCUGGAAGUAUUGCGAGGUUUCAUCACAGAAGCGGCUGAGCACCAAGAUCAGUGGGGCAGAGAACUACCUACUAGAUGGUUAAAGCUCGAGAAGGAUUUACUUGAAGCAAGAGAGAACGGACAGAAAAUAUUGAAAUUGUCGGAGGUGAUUGAAAUGAACAAAACUUCUUUUGCGCCGUUGUCAGAUGAAGAUGAAAUCAAACUUGCGCUGGCAUACCUACACUGUACGAGGUCCGUGAUUUAUUUCCGGGAGUUGGACCAUGUGCUCCUAGACCCCCAGUGGCUAGCCGAUUUCUGUAGUAUCCUCAUUACUGAUGACCAGUUUCUCCCAGAGGCUGACCUGUUGUUGAUCCGAGAUAUGGAGUUAUACAAAUCUAAAGGGGAGUUGACUCAGAAGUUAAUAACUCAUCUGCUCAUUGGCGAAAAGAAUGAAGAAUUUCUUAAACACGCCGAAGUUCUUCUGGCCUUGAUGGAAAAGUUUGGACUCAUAGUGAAAAUGCUUGUGUCGGUCAACGCUACCGACAUAUCUCAUUUCAGUCAAGCGUAUACUAUUCCUUGCAAGUUGAGGGAGCUGCAGGAACAGAACAUCAAAGACAUUACUGAAGAAAUGGAAUGCAUCCGACAGAGAAACGCUGCUGUAUCUAGCACUUUGUGCUUGGUAUUCAAAGAUAAAUACAUACCUGAUGAGUUGUUCAACAGAAUAUUUGCACAUAUCCUUAGAACUUACAUAUCGGGUUCGUUUUCACGGCAGAGAUUCCAGGAAACGGCUACCGGCAGCCAGACGAAUAUAAAUGACAGCGCUUGCUUCUAUAGGGGUUUUGGAUGUUUCGAGGUCAAUGAACUUUGCAGAAUGAUCCUGUCUAUGCAUGCAGUACGGUCAACUAUAGCUGUGACGAUGUUCAGUCCAACAGAAUCCAGGCUUCUUCCAGAUUCAGGCGGACAUAUCAGGCGCACAAUAGAACAAAUUGUACGUGAGGCACUGAAAAUGAGUAACCAGCAACACUUUCUGUUCACAUAUCAACUGCAUUGCAACUUCCACCUGAGUCCGUACGACACGCCCGUAGACUUGCACAGCGUCAUUCACUCAGAGAGGGGCGUGCUUUGUAAAGGUGAAGAUUGUCAAGGUCGACAUCGACUUUCGAGAACGGAUGCUGAAUACUGGGACGUCACAGAGGCUCCAGGACAGGACAAUGCGACAGUUUGUGGUGAUAAUAGUAAUGACAGUAGACUGAAGCAAGAUGGUACGACUGAAAUUGACAACAUCUAUAACAGAAGACCAACACCACGUGAACUUGGUCGCCUGUCACGUCUAGUUUGCGGUAUUGAUUGUGAGCGCUUGUUUGUUACUCUUGGUCUCCCUUACCCCGAUAUCCAGAAUACGAAAUUGGAAUCACAAAACGUGGCGGUCAUCACACAGAUCACCAAGAUGUUUCUAAAAUGGACAAAUGACUACCCGAACCAGACAAUUCAGCAUAUCAAGAAGGCAAUGGAGGAUACUGGCAUGGAUACUGGCCGUAUCAACGAAGUGUUAGUGAUUAACGAGGAAACCGAUAUUCAAGAUAUGGUUCCAAAUGAUGUCUGGAACAGACCCCCUACUAAGGCUGAAAUAAAGGCAAUCGUCACCGAAAUUGGCAACACAUAUUUCAACCUUUUUAUUGAAUUAGGAUUGCCACCACCAAUCAUUGAUCAACAUGCGAUUGGCCAUCCUGUUACCAUCCAGGCAAGACUGAGUGCUCUUCUUCAACACUGGGUGGACAGAUCCCAGACGGAAGCAACCAUAGGGAAGUUAUUGACAGCAAUGAAACUUUGCCAGAUGGAUUGGUAUUCAAUAUCAAACUUGUUAAACUGUGAGGACAGCAUCGAUGAUGAGAUUCCUUCUCGUCACUUAUUCUGGAAAUGUUCUAUCGUCUAA